UCCGAAGAAGAAGUUCCGACAUUUUUUUUAUCACGCUUCUGUUAGACAGCUAACUGCUAUUUGAAUAAUUGGCGUAAAUGUAAUGUACAUCUGCAUGGGAAUGAACCACCGGGUGUCGAGUAUUGUGACUUAGUUGGUAAACUGCUUGUCCGCGGUAGAGUGUAGCAACUGCAACGAACGUCGUCAGCUAGCGAUGUUGUUCAUACUAGCUAAUCAGGCUGAAUUCUGAUGCCAAUAUCUGAAAAUGGAUAGAGAUUUACUGAGGCAGACUUUGUCUCACCAUGGACAAAGCCUGUUUACCCAUCUCAAAUGUGAACAAAGUGAAAAUCCAGAUUUCAAAGCUAUUGAACUGGACUUGUCUAAGGCCAGCUAUCAAAGAAAAUAUGGAGGGGAGGACAAUGCUUUAGUGGAGCAGUUCAUUGCUAGAAAAGCAGACAUCCUAUUUGCACCAUCAUGGAAAUCCAGUGCAACAGUGGAGGAUGUGUUGGAGGAAGGAGAAGAGCCCUACGCCAUCAUGCCCCCUCUGGAGCAGUUCAUGGUGGUGUCAUUUGAGGAGCGGAGGAAUCUGUUGUACAGGGACAUGGAGCGAGGGGACAUUGUGAUAGGCAGGAUCAACUCCAUCAGGGAUUUUGGCUUCUUUGUAACACUCAUCUGCAUGGCAGGUGGACUAGAGAGAGACAUAGAGGAUCUGGAGCUCACGGCCCUGUGUCCCCUUAGAGAUGUACCUUCCAAUGGCAAUCAUGACGAUCCGCUAUCGUACUAUCAGAUUAACGAUUUAAUAAGAGCUGGAGUGAAGGAUAUUGACCGAUACCAUGAGAAGAUAACCAUUUCACUUCAGCCCUCCUCCCGCGCCCCAAACCUGAUGAGCCUAAAGCUCGGAGUGUUUAGUAGAGAUGAUCUUCCACUUCAAUACAGUCGCAGUGUGAGGGUUGCCAACGACAACACUGAAACCUAUGAGAGGGUUUUAGAGGAUACUAUUGGAUACUCCAACCCAUCUAAUGUGGAGUAUCUCCUGGGGAAGAUUGGGAUCAGUGACACACAGCCUCCCUCACUCAUGAGAGGGCUACAGAGCAAACAUUUCCUUGAGGAGGACUUUGCAACAAUUAUCCGAAAGAAGCAGUCUGCGUCCUGGGCUCUUAAAUGUGUGAGGGUUGGUGUGGACCACUUCAAGUCUGGUCGCCACGUCGAAGCAAUGAAUGAAUAUAAUAAGGCCUUAAAUAUUGACACUAACAAUGUGGAAGCCCUUGUGGCACGUGGUGCACUGUAUGCCAACAAAGGGAGUUUGCUGAAGGCAAUAACAGACUUUGAGCUGGCAUUGGAAAGCUGCCCAACCCACAGAAAUGCUAAGAAAUACCUAUGCCAGACCCUGGUGGAGCGAGGUGGCCAACUGGAGGAGGAAGAGAAGUUAGUUACAGCUGAGGGCCUCUACAGAAAAGCUCUGGCCUUAGAAGACUCCUUCCCGGAUGCCAAGGAAGCAUUGAGGAAAAUAGAGCUACUUAUCCAGAAAUCCCUCAAACUGAGAGAAGAGGCAGCAGCAAAGGAAGCAGAAAAAGCUAAGAAUGUGGAGACGAGUGCAGAAAAAUUGCGUAAGAUCUUAAAAGAAGAAAAAAGAAUGAAAAAGAAACGGAAGAUAUCUUCCUCUUCAUCAACGUCAUUGUCUUCCACCUCUUCGUCCGACCACUCCUCCUCCUCAUGGCGCAGGACGUCAAAGAAAAAGAAGAGCAAACACAGACGGUCAUCUCGAGGGGAGAAACGCAAGCGGAGGGUUUCAUCCAGGGACAACAGAAGUGUGUCUGAGGAAUGGUACCCUGCCCCACCCAACACCACCACCACCUCCUUCCUGGAUCAGAAAUGUAGCUUGGUCAGGCUGUUUGAGGGGCCAGAGAGGACGGAAGAGCAUAGUCAGCCCCACAGCAAAGGCAGGCACCGCUCACAUCACUCUUUAUCAUUAGUGUCCACAGAUGCUCCGGACAACAGCAGAGGUAGGUUUGAAGAUGACCCUGUUGACGGCUCUCCUCAGCAAGCUGAGAGCAGCAAGGGGAAAGGUGUCUGUGAUGACAAGACCAGUGAUGAGGAGGUGAAUGAGAGGGAAGCCUACAGGGGGCAUUGGAAGAGCCAGGGCCAGGAGGAUCAAAGUAUCCCACAAGAAGUUCUCAGCUCAUUGGAGAAAGCCAAACUCAGAAGAAUGUCCUCAUCUGCCAGCUCAGAGCAUUCCUGCAAAUCUGACCGGUACGCCAACGACCUCACGUCACAGUCCCACAUAUUCAGUCACAGACGAUCAUAUAGUGGUAGGUAUGGUAGCACAGAACAAGGAGAUGAGAAAAAUAAGGCCACCCGAAGGUCUGAUGGCAGGGAUAACAGUGCAAAAUUGACUGAUGCCUCUCUGAAUGGUAAGGGAUCUGCAGGAGGAAAUAAAGCGCUGUCAACUAAUCUCCUAGAUAUCUUCAGCCAAAUAGCUCAGUUUGAGAAGGAGAAAUGCUUCAAGCCGAAAAAGUGAAUUCAGCUUUUCCGAGAUGCUUUAACCAUCUUAUUUCAUAACUAUGAACAAAUUAACUAUUGCUAUUGUAGUGUUGGGCAAAUUUCUAUUGUCCAAUGCUGUCAAUUUUGCAUUGGUGAUAUCAAAAAAUGUGCUCUGAAAUGUUUACUGUUUUUGUGAUAAGUACACUGCCUUAAUAUCAUAUCAGAUUGUAUUUUCUGUGAAAGGACAUGUUUUUUUACAUGCCCGAAAGCAAAUGAAAGUCCUGUUAAUAUAUCUGCUGUCGGCAUGCAGUUUGGAAAUGAUUUUGCUUCAGUUAAAGGUAGACUCAGUGAAAUUACGUUGUUAGGCGCAGCACCGCAGAUAUUGCGAUAGUCUACAUUUUAACUAAUUUUCCUCCUAAGUACAAUAAACUCUAAGUAUCAGGAAACUCAUAAAUUAGAUAUAUUGAGCAUUUUUUUAAUUCUAUUUGCUGGUAGUAGAUUGGAAGAUGUCAUUCAAUGACUGAAAUAUCAAAUUUCAAUAUGAAUCUUUUUCAAUAAAUCGGCUGUGAACUUUGCCCAAAAUGUCCAAGCCUGAUUUGUUUGGUUUAAGCAUUAAUGUGGUUAUUUUGUGUAAAUCCAACUUCGAACCAGAUAUUUGCUUAUAAGAAUGUGUGCUAAUGCUGUUCUAUAGACCCUUUUUCAGUACAUGACACACUGACGUAAUGCACAGAUGUGCGCAACUCUUGGUGGCAGUAAGAAAGCCAUCACUGUCUGUGCCCAUUCAACAGCCUAGAUUUAUGUUUUUAUUACUUCUAAACAAAAUAACUUUUGGGUUCUCAUACCCUUACUGUGUUUUUAUUCUUGCUUAAACAGUGGCUAUGAUUAUAUUUGGUUGUGAUCUUUGCAAAAUCAUUUUGGAUGCAGCAGUUUGUUAGCUAGAAUGCUAACACUCAUUGAUUCCAGUUGUAGCAAAAGCUAGCCAAAGAGCCAUUUUACUGGUUAAAGUGCUUUUUUUUAAGUAAAAUGCAGUUGAUUUGCGAGGACACAAACAUAUUAAGCAGGACGUUCACAUGAACCUUAAUCCAAUGAUAAUACAAAAGUUGUGUGAAAUGCACUCAUAAAAUACAUGUAAAUAGAGAUUUGUUUUUGCUGACGUUCUCCCUUGGUCUUCCACCAACUUGUGUGCAUCGCACUUGUGCGGCAUGUUUGCAAAUGCAGAAAGGGAUCUAUAGCUUUGUAUGGAUCUUACUGUUACAUUUCUUGUAUCUCACUUCAGUGUUGAGACACUAACUUAAACCCAAUGGCAUAUUGGUACUCUAAUUUAUGUAAAAUUGAAUGAUUUAAUAACUGGACACAGCAUCCUUGCAAAGAGCACAACUUUCAUGUCAACAGCCAAAGUGGCUUAUUUACAGCUUAACUUCAACGUCUUCAAUCACUAUACUGCACAUCAGUUAGACAUGUUUUUAGUUCAUCUUGUUACAAGGGAUUACUCACUAAUUCACAGGCACAGCUAUUUAGUCCGUCAAAUCUAGCGCUCUUAAAUGUACUAAUGUCUUAAUAAACUGAUCCCUUUUAACUCUAA